AUGGUGGAACUGAAGGAAGUCCUCAAGAAAGACUGCUGCAAUUUUAUUGAGAAGGCGGUGGGCACGGGCGGAACUAUUGUAGCCAGAAGAUUCUUUGGCGAAAAUGAAGCUGAAGCCAUUGUGAAGAAUAUCAACAACAUUUGCGACGCAGAACAGAUGAGAGAUGUGAUCAGAGGAGAGGCCUUCGAUGGACAGGUCGACGCGUUAAUGCAUUCAAUCAAUCACUUUUUAAAUAAUCGAGAUAAUCAAAUUCAAACAGAUGUCGCUCAAAGUAAUCAAACCCUAGCCCCGAAAAAUAUUAUUAUCACUCAAUCACCCAUUGAGAAGCCAACCCAGAUCAACAGACGAAAACGAUGCACUCCCGAAGAGGCGGAGGCGAAGAGGUUGGAGAACGAAGCCAAGAAGCAAAUGCGUCAGGCGCAGAUCCUAGCCAGAAAAUCCGCCGAUGAAAUUCGAAAAGCCAGUCAGCAACAGAUCAUGCAGGAAGUGAAAGCUCAGUACAACUUACCGAUGGGCUCUUAA